AUGCAUAACAAUAGAAUCUUCUUUUUGUUCAUGACAACGGCGCUUUGUAGUGCCCGUGUCGCUCGCGCCCUCAGCAGUUCUUCUUCCAUCGCCUCAUUCACGUCCUGUGCCACACCUCGGUUUGACACGUUCAGCGAAAAACUCGUGGGUACUUGGAAAUGGCAAGAUUCUACUGGCACGGAUAGAGAAGAAGCCGUUGGCGAGGUCAUGCGAAGUUGUGGUGGUGCUGUUCAGGGCAUCCGCGAAAUACCGUCGUUGUUGGCCACUGAGACUGGUACGGCUAUUAAUACCGAGGAAGGAUUCUAUGCCAACAGAGCCAAUGACGGCUUUCGGUACUUUGAAGAUGGUUCAUACACUUGCGGACCCGUGAAUGAUGGUCUGGAGGAUUCCCUCUGGAUAUCGAGCUUGACAAUUGGCAAAUCGCGUUUGAUUCUGGCAGCAAAGAACCCUCAAAAUUUGGAAGACACCACAAUCUGCCAAGUCGUCACCAAAAAAUCGGACCCAACUCCAACUCCAGAGCCAAAAGUUCUCCAUCAUGUCCCUGAAAACAUUGUGUGGGAACACAUCCUGCGUUGUCGAAUGCCAUCGGUUUCCCAGCCUUGGAUGGCUCAACGCUUAAAGUGGGAACAGGUGCUGCAGACUCCAGCAACAUUGGUCGAUGACACAAAUAUUGGCAGGGUAGACAAGGGCUGGGUGUCAACGACGUCGGCUAAUGGACCAGCUUUCAAUGGGAUUUUUGAAACCAUGGGCGAUGACAGCAGCAUUGUCCUGAGCGCAGGUGGAAUUUGCAGCAACACAGGGAUUGUCAAGUCUAUAGCCAGACAGUACGUUCAUGAGAAUGGUUCGACCAAACUCAAAGGCGUCGCUUGGCUCAAGGGCACCGUGUUAGCGGAAAACAAAGGCACACAAUAG